GUUUUCAGAUGGUGAGUUUAGAGGCAGUGACAGAACCUGUGUGGCUUGGCGAAGGCCCUCACUGGGAUCAUCGGGAACAGGUGCUAUACUUCGUCAGCAUCUUCGACAAGUCUAUCCACAGAUACGACCCAGCUAAUGGCAAGCAUACGAGAGCUGUGCUUAGUGAUAUGCCCGGCUUCGUAAUUCCAGUAGAAGGCAAGCCCAACCAUUUCGUAGUGGGCCUAAAGCGGCGCAUCGUCGAGGUCGAGUGGGACGGUAAAGAUGGCGGCGCGACGGAACUCAGGACAGUUGCUGAGGUGGACCAGGACAAUCCUAACAAUAGGUUUAAUGAUGCCAAGGCUGAUCCUCGAGGCAGGCUAUUUGCUGGAACCAUGGGCCAUGAAUACGAGCCCGGCAAGUUCCACCUGAAGAAAGGCAACCUGUACCGCAUGGACCAGGGCGGCAGCGUGGGGAAGGUGGUGGGGGGCGUGGACAUCUCCAACGGGCUGUGUUGGGACGUGAAGGAAAAGGCGUUCUACUACGCUGACUCCUUCGAGUAUGAUGUGCGGCGGUACGAUUAUGACGUGGAGACUGGAGAUAUUUCAAACCCUCGCUUCGUGUUCAACUACGCGAAACACGGAUUAGAAGGUAUCGUGGAUGGCAUGACCAUAGACACUGAGGGUAACCUCUGGAUCGCCAACUUCGAUGGACACCAGGUGCUAAAAGUCGACCCUCGAGAAGGCAAGCUCCUCCAGAAGAUCCGCAUUCCUGCGCUCCAGGUGACCUCCUGCACAUUCGGAGGCCCUACAUUUGAAGACCUGUAUGUAACGUCAGCCUGUAUGAACCGCGGAUCCGAACAGCCCCCGCCUUGCGGGGCUACGUUCCGGUUAAGAGGGUUGGGGGUACGCGGAUUAGAGAACGUCAAUGUCAAGCUUGAUUAAAGUAUUUUAUUUAU